AUGAUCCGAAGUAUUUGUGGAGACAAGCCCAAACAAUGGGACUUGGCCUUACUGCAAAUCAAAUUUGCAUACAAUAGCGCGGCGCAUUCGGCGACGGGAAAAUCUCCAUUCUCUCUUGUCUACACUACCCCACCGCGUCAUGUCGUUGACUUAAUAGCACUUCCCAAGCUUCCCGGAGUGAGUUCAGCUGCUGAACAUAUGGCACGUGAUGCUAUGGCCGUGAAAGAUGCCGUUAAAGCAAAGCUAGUGGCCACCGGAGAAAAGAACAAGGCUGUCGUUGAUGCUCAUCGUUGUGCCAAGGUGUUUGCGGUGGGGGAUAAGGUAAUGGUAUUCCUACGGAAAGAGAGGUUUCCUCGCAAGUAUGGACCUUUUACCGUCCUUAAGAAGAUUAACGACAAUGCCUACGUCAUUGAUUUGCCGCCUACUAUGAAUAUCUCUAGCACGUUCAAUGUCGCUGACAUCUAUGAGUUUCAUGAGGAUACUGUGCUUUAUCCUGAGAUGAACUCGCGGUCGAGUUCUUUACAGGUGGAGGAGACUGAUGCAGGGUAA